GAUUUCAUUCCAAUCCUGAACUCCAAGAUGAAAACUACUCUUCUAGUUCUCUUCUUCAUCUCUACUAUUGGAUAUACUCUAUCCCUGCAGUGCUGCCCGGCACAGGAAGUAGCUGUAUAUGAUGGUGAUGUAAGAUGUGGAACCUACUUGUUGCAUAAAAAGUACACUAAUACUACCAACAAUGCAUCUGCAGUUGAAGCUGGAUGCCAUGAUGGAUGUAUCUACACCAAGAUGAAUGAUCGCUCAGGGGCUUUGUAUUGUUUUGGAAACGGAGAUCUGACUUCUUUUUGCCUUCCUGAUUCAAGCCCAAGAUCGAGGUUCGGGGUAGAUUACUGAAAUUUUAGUCGUCUGAUUCUCACCUUUGCAAUUUUUAACGAUUACAUAUAAAUUUGGAAUAAAGGUUUUUAGCAUUUUUAAAA